AUGUUGAAGAAGAUACUCAGACGAAAGAAGAACAGUUUUUGCCACAAUAGAAAUAUGAUUCGGAAGCGAGACCACGGCACAUCGAAGCCUUCUUUUUACACUACACCUUUUAAUUCCAGGCGCUGCCAGCCAGACUUUGACGCAAUUAUGCCUUCAGAGAAAACCUUCAAACAAAGAAGGACGUUCGAACAGAGAGUAGAAGAUGUCAGACUGAUUCGCGAACAGCAUCCUAACAAGAUCCCUGUCAUCAUUGAGCGGUACAAAGGAGAGAAGCAGCUGCCCAUCCUGGACAAGACCAAGUUCCUGGUGCCAGACCACGUCAACAUGAGCGAGCUCAUCAAGAUUAUUAGGAGGCGCCUACAGCUGAACUCAAACCAGGCCUUCUUUCUGCUGGUGAACGGCCACAGCAUGGUGUCUGUGUCCGCAGCCAUCUCCGAGCUGUACGAGCGCGAGCGUGACCAGGACGGCUUCCUCUACAUGGUCUACGCCUCCCAGGAGACCUUCGGCAGUGCCCCCUCCCCACAGUGA